CUACACCACCCAUUGCCUACUAAGGCGGACUGUGAUAUGCUAAAUCAGAGGCGCAAACGUAUAGGAGGGAGGGGUUCUCAAGAAAUUAGUAGCGUCCUAGAUAAUCUUCGAAUAGCUUUGGUCCCAAGCUACUUGUAGACCACGCCAAAUAGCCACAAGCUCCGUAUUGAGGAUAGAAGCCACUCCACCAAAGCCAAGGAACCCAAUAUUGAUAGUCAUUUGAAUUCCAAAACCCGAUUAUAGAAGAACAAACCUGAGCCAUCCUCGAAAUUUAGACAUGGUGGAGCACUCCAUAGAUGGUGGCACUUCACAGCCCGAAUCCAAAUUUUAUGAUGAUGAUGGCCGUAUUAAGCGAACAGGAACCGUUUGGACUACAAGCUCGCACAUUGUAACCGCGGUUGUAGGAUCUGGGGUUCUGUCCUUAGCAUGGGCCAUAGCUCAGAUGGGUUGGGUUGCUGGUACUGUUGCAAUGCUCUUCUUCAGUGUCAUCACUUGGUAUACUUCAGCACUUCUAGCUGAUUGUUAUCGUUAUGGAGACCAAAAUAUGAGAAAGAGAAGCUAUUCUUUCAUGGAAGCAGUUCAGAAUAUUCUUGGUACUACCAAUGCUAAGAUUUGUGGGAUAGUCCAGUACUCGAAUCUUUACGGCACUGCAAUAGGAUACACAAUUGCGGGUGCCCUUAGCAUGAUGACGAUAAAAAGGACUGACUGUCAACAUUCCUCAGGCGGAAAAGACCCAUGUCCCAUUUCAAGCAACCCAUAUAUGAUCAGUUUUGGAGUAAUCCAAAUUUUCUUUUCUCAAAUUCCAGAUUUUCAUCAAACAUGGUGGCUCUCAAUACUUGCAGCAAUCAUGUCUUUCACUUAUUCCUUAAUUAGUCUCUAUCUGGGAAUUACUAAAAUUGCAGAGAAUGGUACCAUCAAGGGUAGUCUCACGGGAGUUAGUAUUGGUACGGUGACAAAAGCUGAAAAAGUAUGGGGAACUUUCCAAGCUCUUGGUGACAUAGCCUUCGCCUAUUCAUUCUCUCAAAUUCUCAUUGAAAUUCAGGACACCAUUAAAAACCCACCAUGUGAAGCUAAAACAAUGAAGAAGGCUACAAAGAUAAGUAUUGGAGUUAUCACAACAUUUUACAUGCUUUGUGGGUGCUCUGGCUAUGCUGGUUUUGGAGACGCAGCACCUGGGAAUCUGCUCACUGGAUUUGGCUACUCUAAAGCAUAUUGGCUUAUAGACAUUGCUAAUGCAGCCAUUGCAAUUCACCUUGUGGGAGCAUACCAAGUGUAUGCCCAACCCCUCUUUGCAUUUGUUGAGAAAGGGACAGUGAAAAGGUUUCCCAAAGUUAACAAGCAAUACAAAAUUCCAUUACCUGGUGGUUUUGCUCCCUACAAUCUGAAUUUAUUUAGAUUGAUUUGGAGAACCUUAUUUGUUAUCUCAACCACUUUUAUAGCAAUGUUGAUUCCAUUCUUCAAUGACGUUUUGGGGUUGCUUGGAGCAUUGGGAUUUUGGCCUUUAACAGUUUAUUUCCCAGUGGAGAUGUAUAUCACACAAAAGAAGAUCCCAAAAUGGAGUAGGAGAUGGAUUGGUCUGCAAAUUAUAAGUGUUGUCUGUCUUGUAGUAUCAGCUGUUUCUGUCGUUGGCUCAGUGGCUAGUAUAGUGGUUGACCUAAAAAAAUACAAACCUUUUGUCACAAACUUUUAAGCCCCAUACAUACAACUGGGCAGUGAUGUUUGUGGUACUAUCCAUUGAACAACGUUGUUAUAAUGUUACCCUUAAGACAAUUCUCAAAAAUACAUGUUCUCCUAUCCGGUAGGAACAAAUUUUGGGACUUGCAUGCCAUUUCAAAUCUUUCUUCCUACCAUUUCCCUAAUUUUGUUUUAAUUGCAGUA